AAUAGCUGUUGUAGGACUGGCUAUGGCCACCACUACUUCCGGGUUCCGUCAUUUCAUUCUCCCGCCGAUCAGCGCUGCAAACUGACUCUGUUCUAUAAGCAAGCUAGCAGCCAACCUGCCAACACUUACUGACACUCACUCAUCUCAGAGAGAGAGAGAGAGGGAGAGAGCGAACGGGAGAGAGAGAGGCGAAAUACCAACAGGGAAAGAGGAAAGAUCUGAAUUUCAAUCUCUUAAUUUCCAUUGCGUUUUCUCUUUGCAGUAAUAAUAAAAAAGAUAGCGAUCCUAAGGCAAAAGGUGGAAGCGGAGUUGUUGGACGAAAACGGGCUGAAAGAUUCCUCCUCUCUUGAUCAUCAUCACCAACCAUCAUUCAUUCAUUACCUUGACAACCCCUGGCUUUGAUUGACAGCUGGAGUGGCAAAAAGCCAUGAGACACGACAGUUUAGUUACAUGAGGGUUGUUGAUGGGCCGAUUGUAACCUUCAGUUUGGUGUUUGACAUUUUUUUUUGCAAACGGGAAAACGAGAAAAAAAUUCACAAACUCUUCUUGGCCACUGUGUUUGCUUUUUACCAUAUUGGAAAAUAGGAGAAAUCACUGAGUUGGUUGAAAAAGGAAUCUUUCCACUAAAUCACUUUCUAACCGGACUGGGAUAUUAAAUAUACGACUCAUCCAGGAGUUUAUUGGAGCGCAGACUGAUGGCGCAAAGGUACGAUGAACUACCCCAUUAUGGUGGAAUGGACGGAGUGGGGGUACCAGCGUCUAUGUACGGAGACCCUCACGCCCCCCGGCCGCUACCGCAGGUCCACCACCUUAACCAUGGGCCGCCGUUACAUGCCAGCCAACACUAUGGAGCACAUGCACCCCAUCCAAACGUAAUGCCAACCAGCAUGGGAUCUGCUGUCAACGAUGUUUUGAAGAGGGAUAAAGAUUCCAUUUAUGGUCACCCGCUAUUCCCCCUGCUCGCGCUGGUUUUUGAGAAGUGCGAGCUGGCGACUUGCACACCGCGAGAGCCCGGCGUUGCAGGCGGCGAUGUCUGUUCAUCCGACUCAUUCAAUGAGGAUAUCGCAGUCUUCGCAAAACAGGUUCGAGCAGAAAAACCUUUAUUUUCAUCUAAUCCAGAGUUGGACAAUUUGAUGAUUCAAGCCAUACAAGUAUUACGGUUUCAUCUUUUGGAGUUAGAAAAGGUCCACGAGCUGUGUGAUAAUUUCUGCCAUAGGUACAUUAGUUGUUUGAAAGGAAAAAUGCCAAUCGAUCUAGUUAUUGACGAAAGGGAUGGCAACUCAAAGUCGGACCACGAAGAGCUUUCAGGAUCUUCAACAAACUUAGCUGACCAUAACCCAGCGUCUUGGAGAGACCAUGAUGAUGCAACCUCCACACAUUCGGCAGGCACUCCAGGGCCCUCCAGCGGGGGCCAUGCUUCCCAGAGCGGAGACAACAGCAGCGAACAAGGUGACGGCUUAGAUAACAGCGUGGCCUCACCUGGCACAGGUGAUGAUGACGAUCCAGACAAAGACAAAAAACGGCAGAAAAAACGGGGCAUUUUUCCAAAAGUAGCAACAAAUAUCAUGAGAGCGUGGCUCUUCCAACACCUCACACAUCCGUACCCCUCUGAAGAACAAAAAAAACAGUUAGCCCAAGACACGGGACUCACGAUUUUACAAGUAAACAACUGGUUUAUUAAUGCCAGAAGAAGAAUAGUACAGCCCAUGAUCGACCAGUCAAAUCGAGCAGGUUUUCUUCUUGAUCCUUCAGUGAGUCAAGGAGCAGCAUACAGUCCAGAGGGCCAGCCAAUGGGGAGCUUUGUACUUGAUGGCCAACAACACAUGGGGAUCCGGCCUGCUGGUCUACAAGGCAUGCCAGGGGACUAUGUAUCUCAGGGUGGUCCUAUGGGCAUGAGUAUGGCACAGCCAAGUUACACUCCUCCCCAGAUGACCCCACACCCUUCCCACUUACGACACGGACUCCCAAUGCAUUCAUAUCUUCCCAGUCAUCCCCAUCACCCGGCCUUGAUGAUGCACGGAGGCCCCCCGCCACACCCUGGAAUGACCAUGUCAGCACAGAGCCCCACAAUGUUGAACCAUGUAGACCCUGGAGUGGCAGGACAGAUCCUGGACAUUCACGCCCAAUAGUAUAAGGGAACUCAAGAAAAUCAAAAAAAAAAAAAAAACUAACUAAAAACUAUUUUCAAGACUUUUUUGAAUUCUGACCAGAAUUAUUUGACGCUUAAUGGAAUUCCAGAUGAGUUGUGAUUAUUUUUUUUACUUGUGAUUUUGUUAUUUUCAUCAACAGUAAACGGAGGACCAAGCUAACAACACAAAGUCUUUCUUAACGAAUUGCAGAAGAUGUUCGAAUAAAGUCUCUCUGGAAGAAAAAUAAUGAAAUAAAAAGCUCCAAGAGUUAAUAACUACUGUAGUAUAAAAACAUAGGAACUUUAAAAGUUUUAAACUUUAAAAGGAAAGUUAAACUUGUGCAUUAUUUUUUUUUGUUUGUCACUCGGUUUUAUGUUGCCUCAGCUAGUUUUAGAAGAAACGUUUAUCCCUGCUUUCCACACUAUGUGUGUUGUUCCCAGAAGAGAGAGCCUGGCUUGGUGCAGCAAUAAUGCAAUUUAAAAAAAGGAAAAGUUGCCCCACAUGAAAUGACUGCAGUGGGCAAGUUGGCCAAGGCAUCGAGAACUCCCAGAAGAAAUGGAAAGCUGCUCUCCAUCUUAUCUCAUAACAAAGUUCCGUUUUGAACAUGUGUUUCCAUGUCAUGUUAUUUUUGUUCUUGAAUGAAUGUGCCCUGUAGAUAAACAAGUCCUCAGUUGAUUGCCCAAGCACUGGAUUGUGUUUUUUUUUUUUUUUCUGGACUCUUCUUAGAGCCUGUUGAAGGAAACCUGACGUUGGAAUAAGCAGCUUCCACCAAUAGUUCUCGGCCAAGGGAUCGACACAAAUGCCACAUGGACAAUAUUGGCAGUGGUGGAUACCUUUGGCAAUGAAAGAAGCUAUUGGUGGUCUUUACGCCAAAAAAAUUCAAAAACUUAAAUAUGAACUCAAAGCUUGAAAACACACACAAAAAAAGCAAAGAGAAUAUUGUAACAAACUUCGUACAGAGUUCAGUCUAUUAAUUGUUUCAUGUUAGAUAUUAUAUGUGUUUACCUCAAUUGAAAAGAAUGUUUUUGCUAGUAUCAGAUCUGCUGUGGAGUUGGUAUUGUAUGUCAUUGAAUUCCUCCCUUUCUCAGCACGUGUUCCUCAAAAGAAGAAAAUGCUGUUUCCCCCUAAGCUUUGUCAUAAAAAAAAAAAAAAAAAUACAUGAAAUACUUGUAUGAGGACUGUGACGUUAUGUUUAAAAGGUGUCAAGUCACAAAGGCUGUAAUAAAUAUUUCAUUUUUUAA